UGGCAGUCAGCGACCAUGGGCGCUGAGAAUGACCACAUGGACGAGAUGUCCUGGGAGCCAGGAACCUUGGGGCCAGGCUGCAGCGCAGCUCUGAGAGGGGUCUUGGCUCUGCUCCUGGGGGUCAGCACUGAGCUCGGCACCAGCCAGCAGUGGGGGUGUGUAAGGAUUCCAGAAGCCUGGGGAGCACAAGCACCCCAGCUGGCCUCCUCCACAGGUGGUGACCCUCUCAGUGGCUGCUUCAUCUGGUCCAACGUCAUCUUGCUGACUUGGCAACUGUCAUUGCUUCUGUGGCUCAUGCCACUUCCAGCCACUAGUCCAAUUUUUCCUCAUGGCUUCUGCUGCCUCAUGGAGUCUUCUUUCUGCCUUCUCGCCCUUUCUCUGCUCCUGGCAGUCAACUCUCUCUGUAUAACUCACAGUUGGGUGUGGAGCUUUCAUCCAAGGCCAUGGUCACUGACCCCACUUGGAAAACACCAGCCUCACCAUAUAAGGAGCUCAGGCCAGGCCUGCGUGCUCAGCGAUGGCAUCUGCCUGGUGGCCCUGCCUCAUCUUGGCCCUGCUCUCUGGCUUGGCGGCCUCUGGUUCCCAAGGAGCCCCUCCCGGCCACUGGGGAAACGGAGCCUCCCGGAAGGGGUUGUCAACGGCAUCGAGGUCUACAGCACCAAGAUCAGCUGCAAGGUCACCUCCCGCUUUGCUCACAAUGUUGUCACCACGAGGGCUGUCAAUCGUGCAGACACUGCCAAGGAGGUGUCCUUUGACGUGGAGCUGCCCAAGACAGCCUUCAUCACCAACUUCACCUUGACCAUCGACGGUGUUACCUACCCCGGGAAUGUCAAGGAGAAGGAAGUCGCCAAGAAGCAGUAUGAAAAGGCUGUGUCCCAGGGCAAGACAGCCGGCUUGGUCAAGGCCUCAGGGAGGAAGCUGGAGAAAUUCACAGUCUCGGUCAACGUGGCAGCAGGCAGCAAAGUCACGUUUGAGCUAACCUAUGAGGAGCUGCUGAAGAGGCACAAAGGCAAAUACGAGAUGUACCUUAAGGUCCAGCCCAAGCAACUGGUCAAGCACUUUGAGAUCGAGGCAGACAUCUUCGAGCCCCAGGGCAUCAGCACGUUGGAUGCUGAGGCCUCAUUCAUCACCAAUGACCUCCUGGGCAGCGCCCUCACCAAGUCCUUCUCAGGGAGGAAGGGCCGUGUGUCCUUCAAGCCCAGCAUGGACCAACAGCGUUCGUGCCCAACCUGUACAGAUUCCCUCCUCAACGGAGAUUUCAUCAUCACCUACGACGUGAACAGAGAGUCUCCAGCCAACGUACAGAUAGUCAAUGGCUACUUUGUGCACUUCUUUGCACCUCAAGGCCUUCCCGUGGUGCCUAAAAAUGUGGUCUUCGUGAUUGACGUCAGUGGCUCCAUGCACGGUCGGAAAAUGGAGCAGACAAAGGAUGCCCUCCUCAAGAUCCUGGAGGAUGUGAAAGAGGAUGACUACCUGAAUUUCAUCCUGUUCAGUGGGGAUGUGACCACCUGGAAAGACACCCUAGUUCAAGCCACUCCUGAGAACAUCGAGGAGGCCAGGACAUUUGUGAAGAACAUUGAUGAUCAAGGAAUGACCAACAUCAACGAUGGGCUGCUGAGGGGCAUCAGCAUGCUGAACAAGGCCCGGGAAGAACACAGUGUCCCAGAGAGGAGCACCUCCAUCAUCAUCAUGCUGACCGACGGGGACCCCAAUGUCGGUGAAAGCAGACCUGAAAAAAUCCAAGAGAAUGUACGCAACGCCAUUGGGGGCAAGUUCCCCUUGUAUAACCUGGGUUUUGGCAACAACCUGAACUAUAACUUCCUGGAGAGCAUGGCUCUGGAGAACCAUGGGCUGGCCCGACGCAUUUAUGAGGAUUCCGAUGCCAACUUGCAGUUGCAGGGCUUCUAUGAGGAGGUGGCCAACCCGCUGCUGACAGGCGUGGAGGUAGAGUACCCCGAGAACGCCAUCCAGGACCUCACCCAGAGCGCUUACCAGCACUUCUACGAUGGCUCUGAGAUUGUGGUGGCUGGGCGCCUGCUGGACGAGGACAUGAACAACUUUAAGGCGGAUGUAAAGGGCCACGGGGCCAUCAAUGAUCUGACCUUCACAGAGGAGGUGGACAUGAAGGAGAUGGAAAAGGCCCUGAAGGAGCAGGAUUACAUUUUUGGGAACUACAUAGAGCGGCUCUGGGCCUACCUCACCAUUGAGCAGCUGCUGGAGAAACGCAAGAAUGCCCAUGGUGAGGAGAAGGAGAACCUCACAGCCCAGGCCCUGGACCUGUCCCUCAAGUACCACUUUGUGACUCCACUGACCUCCAUGGUGGUGACCAAGCCUGAGGACAAUGAGGACCAGACAGCCAUCGCUGACAAGCCUGGAGAAGGGCCUGCAGAUACGGAAGUGGCCCGCUCCAUGGCUUACCUGACCAGCUACCAGCCUCCUCAAACGCCCUACUACUACGUGGAUGGGGACCCCCACUUCAUCAUCCAAGUCCCGCAGAGAGACGACGCCAUCUGCUUCAACGUCGAUGAAGACCCAGGCACAGUGCUGCGCCUCAUUCAGGACCCCAUCACAGGCCUCACAGUUAACGGGCAGAUCAUCGGCGAGAAGGGAGGCAACUCCGACUCCAAGACCAGAAAGACUUACUUUGGCAAGCUGGGCAUUGCCAGUGCUCACAUGGACUUCCGGAUGGAGGUGACACCGGAGAAGAUCACCCUGUGGAGUGGAGCUGCACAGAGCACCUUCAGCUGGCUGGACACGGUCACAGUCACACAGGACGGGCUGUCUGUGACAAUCAACAGGAAAAAGAACAUGGUGGUCUCCUUUGGAGACGGGGUUACUUUUGUGGUCGUCCUGCACCAGGUGUGGAAGAAGCAUCCCGUCCACCAAGACUUUCUGGGCUUCUAUGUGGUGGACAGUCACCGGAUGUCAGCACAAACACAUGGGCUGCUGGGACAAUUCUUCCAUCCCUUUGACUUUAAAGUGUCCGACAUCCACCCAGGCUCUGACCCCACAAAGCCAGACGCCACAAUGGUGGUGAAGAACCAUCGGCUGACAGUCACCAGGGGAUCCCAGAAAGACUACAGGAAGGAUGCCAGUGUCGGCACCAAGGUUGCCUGUUGGUUUGUCCACAACAACGGGCAAGGGCUGAUUGACGGUGUCCACAGCGACUACAUUGUCCCCAACCUGUUCUGAGUAGACAUGCCAGCUCCUGCUGAGACAGCUGGCCCAGCUCACCUGGCCUCUGGAACAGGGACACAGCCCAGGGUCUAAGGGAGGGUUGUGACAAUAAAGCCGGAGGGGACACUGCCA